AUGACAACUGUUUUUAAUCCAUCUGGUGAAGAAGCAAAAGCUGCAUUUCCUACAUUGAAGCCUCGUCCAGCGGCACAACGCUUAUCAACAAAUUUAUCUCAAUCAGAACAAAUAUUUCCACCUACAAAAUCAAAUUAUGUCGUUGGAAACUUCAAUGUAACUAAUUAUGUUAAUAGAGUUGUCGAAUUAGCAAUUGUCCGCUAUAAAACAUCUCCACAAUACGAAAGUCAAAAAGCUAAUAAUGCAUUCGGUAUUAAUGAAGGUCAAAAGGAAGCAUUUCCAUCAAGAUCACAAAAUACAGAGGCUUUCCCAUCUCGCUCACAAAAGCAAGAACAGCCAACAGAAGCCUUUCCAUCCAGAUCUCAAAACACAGAAGCUUUCCCAUCAAGAGCCGCCAAAAAAGAAGAACCAGCUACAGAAGCAUCCCCAUCCAGAUCACAGAAUACAGAAGCAUUUCCAUCCAGAUCCCAAAAUACAGAAGCAUUUCCAACAAGAUCUCAAAAACAAGAACAGCCAACAGAGGCAUUCCCAUCACGAGCUGCAAAGAAAGAAGAACCAGCUACAGAAUCUUUCCCAUCAAGAACACAGAAGCAAGAACAAACAACAGAAUCUUAUCAUGCAACAAGGAAUCCAAAGCCAAGGCGUGCAGCUAAAGAAGAAGCGGCAUUUGAAGCAAUCAUUAAGAUCCCAUCAGGACGUGCAGCCAAAGAAGAAGCAAUGUUUGAAGCAUCACCACCAUCAAAAGGAAAGCAUCAAAUCCACACAUUCAUACAAGAAACAGUUGUUUCUCAACCGGAAAUCCAUCAACAGAGGAAGAACUCUAAGACAUUCCCAUCAUUGCAGCCACUGAAGACAGAACCACAAUCAAUUCCAAGUCCAACAAAGAACCAUCAGCCACAAGAAGCAUUUCCAACACCGAAGAAAGAAGCAUUUCCAACAUCAAAGAAAGAGGCUUUCACUCCGGAACCAAUACAAACAAACUUUAACCAGCCAACAGAACCAUUCCCAACUAAAUCACAACCAAAACAAGAGCAGCAACAGCAGCAACAACAACAAGCUCCUGAACCAUUCCCAACUAAAACAGAAGCAUUUCCAUCGAGAACACAGAAAACUGAGGCAUUCCCAACGAAAACAGCUAAACCAGACACUUUGGAUUUCGUUUUCGUCAAGUCUUAUGUCAAUGGAAUCAUCAGUCGCUGCUUAACAAAGGCAAAUGCUGCAAAGAACGAACAGUUAUUUGCAUUUCCAAAGAGAAAUUCUGUUUCUAAGAAAGAACCAGAACCAGCUCAAACACAACAACAACAAACACAACAACAACCAGCACAGCCAAAGACAACACAAGAACUUGCAAAUGAAUAUGCGAAGAAAGCAAUUGAUUCUGGCCUCGAAAAGUAUAAGAAUACAAAAGUUGAUGAUACAUUUGCAUUCCCAACACGUACAAAGAAACCACCUCUUUCUGCAUCAGCAUCUGAAUCUGUUUGCCAAAUCUCUCCAGAGUCAUCUGCUGAACAAUUAUCAGCAUUCCCAUCCAGAUCUCAGAAAACAGAAGCAUUUCCAUCAAGAUCUCAAACUACUUCUAAUUCUUCUGAACAAAAUCAAACAGAAGCAUUCCCAUCUCGUUCCCAGAAAACUGAGGCAUUUCCAAGUAGAUCACAACCAAAGCCAAGCGCAAUUAACACACAGCCUCAGGAAGAAGAGAAAUCAGCAUUCCCUUCAAGGUCAUCGCCAAGAAAACCACAGCCACAGUCGAUUAUUCAGGAUGAUGAAGAUGAUGAACAUGGAUUCAGGCCAUUCCCAACACACCAAAUGAGACAUCACUCUCCAGGAGCAAGACCAGCGAAGAUGACUGAAGAUCUUCCACCAGCAAUCAAUGUAAUGCUUCCUUCUGUUGACCAGGAUGAUGUUCCACAGUCAGCUUUACCUGCAAGACCACAGUUAACAGGCGAAGAUUCAUCUCCUUCAAAGAGACCAAUUUUCAAUCCGAUAUUGACCAGAAAACCACCAAUGAUGCCUUCAAGAUCAGAAAGGAACUCCAGCGCUGCAAGAGAAGGACCUCCAAUGGCUGACAAACUAAAGAGAUCUGCUUCAACAGGAAGCCAGAAUAUCUUACUCAGAAAGGAUCUCAGAGCUCACUUCGAAAAGACUGAUUCUUCUGAAUUGAAACAAGCAAUGGAAAGAAAAGAUAUUAAAUAA